GUGGAGGCGGAGAGCAGGGCGGCAGAUGCGUGCGGUGGGAGAACAGGUGCAGGGGAGGGUGUGAUGUGUGGUGGAAGCGUCGGGGCGGGGCAGUCGGGCCCGGCGGACGGGUGCGAGGGGGAGGUAGAGCAGGGGAAGGGGAGGAGGGAUGUGGGGGAGAAUGGGAGAACGGGUGGCGGCAAGGCAGCGGAGGAGGGAAGCGGGUGGAGAGGUGACGUAGGUGCUCAAGGAGCGGCAGUGGCAGGAGUGGAUGGGGAGGGCAGCAUGAAUGGGCGGGAGGAAGAGGGAGAAGGCAUCGUGGGAUCGGGGGUGGCGCGUGAGGAGGUGGUAGGCGCGUCGGUGCAGAGGACGGGAGGUGCAGUAGGCGAAUCAGAGGGAGUUGUGGAGGUGGGGAGGGAGAGAGGGGCAGCGGCGGGUAGGAGUUGGAAGAGGAAGUUUUCGGACGGCGAGAGGGGCGAUGGCGAGGGGGGUGUUCCGAGGGCGAAGGAGUGGGUGAAGGCGAGGUCUGGGGAGCGAGGCGGAAGCGCGAGCUUGGAGGAGUCAGGAGCGAGUGCGGGGGAGAACAGCAUGUUGCGGGACGAUAGGCUGCAUUGGGACUUGAACAUGGACAUGGAAGAAUGGGGGACGGUGGCGGAAGAGGAGAGCGGCGCGGGGUGGGCGGAGAGGUCGCGGUUGGGUGGAAGGAUUGGGGCGGAGAAGAGGGAGAGCAUGCGCGCGAACAUGGUACAAGAAUCAGAGGGAGGGGUGCGGAAGCGCGCAGCGCAGGGUGGUGCGGAUGCAGGCAGCGGUGCAGAAGGGAGAGUCGGUAGUGUGAGCGGCGAGUUGGAGGUGGAGGUGGGAGUGGAGGAGGCGAUGGCGGUGGAUAGGAAGGGGGAGGCGGGGUUGGCGCGUGCAGGGUCUGGGAAUGGGGUUUCGGAGUCGGCGGAGUGGGAGUCGAGGGAAACGGUUUCGUCGAUGUGGGGUGGUGGAGGGUUGGGUGAGAGUGGUGGGGUGGAGGAGCACGGUGAGACAGGAGAGGGAUCGGAGACUGUUAUUCUGAGGUCGGAAGGAGGGGCGCGAGCAUCAGCGUUGCAAGAGGACGAUGGACACAGAGGAGGCAACAUAGGAAGCGACGUUGGGGCGGAAGUGGGGCCUGGUGCGGUGGAUGCAGCGGAAGGGGUUGGCGGUGAAGAGGCGAAAGCAGAGGUGGAGGGUGUUGUGGACGAGGUGAUAGAAGGCGAUGAUGUUGCGACAGGGGAGGAAGGCGGAGCGGUGAUGGAUGGGUGCAGGUCGGGAGGUGCGGUGUUCGGAGCAGGGUCGUGUGGUGUGCGGGAGGAGGUGGGUGGGAGGUGCAGCGUGGAGGACGUGAGAGGCGAAUGCAGUGAUGGGGUUGAAGUAGAGAAGCAAGGUGGGGAGAGGUUGAGGCGGACGGGGGAGGGGGAGGAAGAAGUAGGUAGGGGUCCAGCGCGGGAGGCGAGCGUGGAUGGCGGUGGAGGGAACGGAAGCCCCGUGAGGAGCAGCGUAGAAGCAGGAAGGUGCGAUGAGGUGGGUGGAGGUUCCCAGGAGCACGAGAAGUCGGUGGAGGAGGUGGAUAGAGGUGGGAGCGAGGGUGGUGGGUCGCCGUCGAGACAGGUGGCAGGAGCGAAAUGGGAGGGUGAUAACGGGGAGGACCUGGAAGGCGAUGAUGUGGAUUAUGGUGACUCUGACAUGAGGGUCGGGGACGAUGUGGAGAUGGAAGGCACGGGAGUGCAGCGGGGCGGCGUAGAGGUGGAGAGUGCAUGGAAGGGCGAGGGCGAUGCGGUGGUGUGCGAAGUGCAAGGGGGAUCGGGUUCGGAAAGCCAGGGGGAGGAGGGAGGCGGGAUGAUGGGGAGGGAGAGGAGGCACGGAAGUGGGAGCAGUGGCGGCGAGGAGUCACAGGGGAUGGAAAGCGGGAAAGCGUAUGGUGGAGAAGCGGAGGAAGGAGAGCGCAGCGGGAUGGGUGGGAAGAGCAGAAGCAGUUCGGAACGGAACGGAGGUGCGGGAGGUGGAGAGGAGAAAUGCGAGGAGGAGCACGGCAACGGAAGUGGGAGCGGUGGGACUUGCGGGAGUCGUGGGGCGUCGUUGGAGAGGACGGAGGGCGGGAGCGGAGCGGAGGGGAGUGGGAGGGGGGUGCGGAAGUCGGAGGUUCGGAGAGAAGGUUCGGAAGGCGGGAGUCGAUCUCGGGCGAAGUCGGGGUGGGACCAGCUUCCGGAGGGGUUUCAGAGCGCGGAGGAAGCACUGCAAGCGGCUCGGUCGAACGCAGGACAGGCGGGUUGGGGGUCGGCGUACGGGUGCGGAUACGCGGGGUGGAAUGGGAAUUCGAGCACGCACUUUGGGUCGGGGGAGAAUCGGUACCUGUCGGGGCACGGGAGAGGGAUGGUGGUGGGGCCGGCGGGCGAGAGAGGUGCGUUCGAUAAGGUGGCGUGGAGCAGGGGCGAGCAUGCACGGAGAAGCCGAGUGGACGUGGGGUUGGAGAUGCACGGGAGAGUGGGCGUGGGGCAGGAGAUGCGACACGGGAGCGGGGGCAGGGCACGACCGUCGUCGCUGGAGGCAGCGCAUCGACAGCCUCGGAGGCGAGGAGUUUGGGGGGAGGAUGCAGGGGGCGCGGGUCCGCUGUGGGCGUACGGUGCAGGGAGGGCGCUGUCGCCUUCGGGUGCGGGACCGGGACCGGGGCCGGGACGGGAGGCGUUCGGGUUCCACCCGCAGAAGGCUCGGAACGCAGCAGCCGUGGCGGCGGCGAAAGUGGAGAGCAGCGGACUGGUGGUGGCUCCGGACGGGACGGUGAUCAAGGCAGGGGGCGGGGGUCAGGGCGGGCUGCGAGGGCUGGGCGGGAAGGGGAGGGGAGGCGGGUUUACGGGGAUGGUGGGGGACAUGGGGUCGAACGGGAUGAUGGGCGGAGUGGGGAACGCGGGGCUGGCGCAUCCGAUGAGGAUGGGAGGGGAUGUGGAUUUGAGGGGGAGGGAGUGCCUGGGCGUGGACGCGAGGGUGGCGGGGGGGAUGGGGAUGGGGUCGCACUGCGUAGAUCCGGCGCUGCGGUUCAAGGGGGUGGGCGAGAGGUUCGGUCCCGGUCCCGGUCCCGGGCUGCCUCCCGGGGUGGGGAGUUCGAUGGGGCGCGGGGGGCCGGGAAUGAUGGGCGGGCCGGACCGGAGCAGAUUCACGUGGACGCGGGGAGAUGGACGGUUCGCGGGGUCAGUGGAGCAAGACGAGAGGGGGAUCUCACGGAGGCGGGUGCGGUGGAGGCCAGGGCCGCCGGGGAGGCGAGCGCAAGAUCCCGGGUGGGCGCAAACCACCAAGAUCGAUGUCGAACAACGAGGAGGCGGGGGAGGAGGCGGGAGGAGGGAGCGAAGCGCGGAAGAGCAGAAGUGCGCACGGGAGCGAGGCGAAAGUGGAGGGGGAGGGUGCGAGUGUGGGUGCGGGCAUGGAUGCGGAGGGUCCCGGUGGGCAGCAGGGGGCGCCGUCACCUCCGAAGCUGCCGCUGCCGCCACCUCCCCCGAGGGCGCAGAGGUCUCCGCCAGCGGGUCUGAAGCGACUGCUGAACAACAAGAGGGAGGAGGAGUGGCCGCGAGGACGAGAGAGAAGCAGGGAGAGGGAGAGGGAGAGGGUGGGAUCACGAGGGCAUUACUCGCCUUCACGGAGAUCCUCGCCGCACGUGAUCCACGGGUCAGCGUUGACGGACGAGCGGGACAGGCUGUUGCUGGCGGGGAUCGACAGGGGGAGGUCGAUGGAGGGUGGCCACGAAGGGAGAAGAGCGCAACACCACGAGGGGCGAAGGCAGGAGGGAGAGAGCCACGCGGGGAAGGGGGAGGAGUUGACGGGCAGAUCACGAGCACAGAGCAAGGACGAGGGAGGGAGGGGCGGCGAUGGGAAGGAGUCGAGAGCGGAGAGCGAGCGGCGCAGCGCGUCGAGGGGCGGGAGUCGGAGAGAGAGCCAGAAGCCCGGAGGCGAGAGCAAACACAGCAGCAGCCGGGAGGGCGAGGACGACGUAGCUCCGAGGCGGCGGAGACCAUCGUAGGGCGGAAAGCAGGAAGAGGGAGGGAAUGCGUGGGAGACGAUCGGGGAAGGGGGUUGCAGGAGCGUGUGGAGGAGAAGAGUGGACAAUGGUGUUGGUGGGGUUCGCCACAGUUUUGGUCGCAAGUGGCAGGCGAGGACGCGCAGGGAGGGUGGCGUGAGCGUGCACAUCCACAGGGAUAUGGGUGGGGUUGGUGA